AUGAUUCACACUAUGGGUCUAGCUUUCAAGUUGCACUUUAGAGGUGGGUUAUUAAAACAAUUGGUUAGAACCCUUCAAACUGCUAAAACAUAUCCAGUUAACUCCGCUGCGAGCAAGUUAAAACACAUUCACUUUACAGAGUUGGUUCCUUUUGAAGCUGGUCUUAAGUUACAAGAGUAUUAUGUAUCCAAAUAUUUGGAAUUGAAAAGACUUACAUCAAAGAAUCCAAGCCAGAAUUUGCAUGAAGAUAAUUCAAAAACUGGAGAAUCGCUUGUCACUGACACUACACAUAAUAAAAUAACCCCACUAAUCCUUUCAUUUCAGUUUGAACCUACAUAUACAGGUGGGAAACGCAUAAAAAGAUCAAUUACUCCGGAAGAGAUAAGCAGUUAUGAGAAUUUUAUACCUGAAGUCCAGAAAGGAAACAAAAAGCCUAAGUUUGUACAAGUAGAAAGAGGAGGACAGGUAACCUUCCAUGGUCCAGGACAAAUGGUAGCAUAUAUCAUUUUAGAUCUAAAAGGGUUUCACAAUUUUCCAGCAAGAUGCUUGGUAUCAGCUAUUGAAACUGCAACUAUAAAUACAUUAAAGAAUGUCCCCAAAAACGCCAAUCAGACUCCACUAGGUUUGAAGGCAAUUACAACUAAUGAUACCGGUGUAUGGGUAAACGAGAAACAGAAGAUCGCUAGUUUGGGCAUUAACGUGAGAAGAUCAAUUACAUCUCAUGGGUUAUGUAUCAAUGUGAAUCCUGAUCUUUCCUAUAUGGAUCGGUUUACUAUGUGCGGCCUUCCAGAUUCGGAAGCCACAUCUAUAUGGGAAAAGGUGCCAGAUGCUACUUGCACGGUUGAUCAGUUGGCCGUAACAUUUGUUGAUGAAAUUGCAAAGCUGCUUGGGGUCAAGGAAAUAGAAAGGAUUUCUAUGGAUGAGAUACAGUUAUAG